AUGAAGAAAACGACGAAGAAAGAAGGAGAUGGUGAUGAGGAAGAUGAAGAAGAAGAAGAAGAUAAUGAUGAUGAUGAUGAUGAUGACGAUGAUGAGAAGGAGAAGCGUCAAAAGUCACUUUUUACACAGUAUUUGUGGACAGUUUCUUGGGCAAAUCUUUUCAUCGAUGACAUCGUUUCUCAGUUCUCUAACAAUUGCCGAAUAAAAAAGCAAUAA